GCUUGGUUCAUUUGAACGCCCACUUCGCUCUCUUCGUUUCCCCUCCUUCUCCGCAGUUUCCCUGCCCAAUGGCGUGUCUACUCAUUUAAGACUGCUCCUUUUGCAUGGCCAAGCAAGGGGAGGGUCAUCAAUAAAUAAUUGGAGAGGGGUCAAACAACCACUUAUAAGGAGAGCCGAGAAUUGGAAAGGACGGAACAUUUCAAACCUCGUCGUGCAUGCUAAGGAGGACUAUCGUUUUGGCAAAAUUAUAGGCUAGCCUACAGAUCGGCAGUAUUUUAUUUGAACUUUCCUUUGACCCUUAACGGACUUCACGCUGAUUCAACGCCAACAUUUUAUUAUUAUUAUUAUUAUUAUUAUUAUUAUUAUUAUUCGGCUAUUAUUAUUAUUAUUAUUAUUAUUAUUAUUAUUAUUAAUAAUAAUAAUAUUACGGUUAUUUUUGAAAUUGAUGGUGCCAUGGGUACGGUGUUGCCCGCGGAAUCUCUGGCACUGAUGUCUGCAUUUAAAGCGCCAGGUAUUUCACUCUCCGAAACCAUUACGUCAGAUAUUCUGCACAGCUUCCUGUACGGCCGCUGGAGGAACCUGCUGGGGGAACACUUCGAGUUAAAACGCGACGCCGCCAGUCCCAAAACCGCCUUCACCGCGGAGGUCCUCGCGCAGCCUUUCCCAGGAGAAGUGCAGAAGCUCUCGAGCCUGGUCCUGCCCAGCGAGGUGAUCAUCGCGCAGAGCUCCAUCCCCGGCGAGGGACUCGGGAUAUUCUCCAAGACCUGGAUCAAGGCCGGCACGGAGAUGGGACCUUUCACGGGCAGAGUCAUAUCCCCCCAGCACGUGGACCUCUUCAGGAACAACAACCUAAUGUGGGAGGUGUUCAACUCGGACGGAACCGUGCGCUACUUCAUCGACGCGAGCCAGGCGGAUCACCGCAGCUGGAUGACCUACAUUAAAUGCGCGCGCACCGAGCAGGAGCAGAACCUGGAAGUGGUGCAGAUCGGCAGUAGCAUCUUCUACAAAGCAGUGGAGACUAUCCCCCCAGACCAGGAGCUCCUGGUGUGGUAUGGGAACUCUUACAACACUUUCCUGGGGAUCCCGGGAGUGCCUGCAACCAAGGAGGAGCAGCAGAAGAAGAACAGGAGCGAUGACUCCCAUUUGAGGGACGGCUGUCCAUCUUCCUCGCCCUCCUCCUCCUCCUCGUCCUCGUCCUCGCCCUCCUCCUCCUCCUCCUCGUCCUCGUCGGCCCCCGCCGCGCGGAUGCGCUGCGUCAUCUGCCGCCGCGGCUUCAACUCGCGCAGCAACCUGCGCUCGCACAUGCGCAUCCACACGCUGGACAAGCCCUUCUGCUGCCGCUACUGCGAGCGCCGCUUCAGCCAGUCCUCCACGCUGCGCAACCACGUGCGCCUGCACACGGGCGAGCGGCCCUACCGCUGCCACGCCUGCCACAGCGCCUACUCCCAGCUGGCCGGGCUGCGCGCGCACCAGAAGAGCGCCCGCCACCAGCCGGGGGUCGCCGCCGCCGCUGCCGCUGCCACGGCGACCACCCUCCCCCCCCCGCCCGCCCUGCAGGUGGCCCUGCUGCCCCACCCUGGCUCGCUGACCCGACACCUGACGGGCGGAGCGCUCUGACAAACGCACACACGCACAUACUGUGAACACGCACACACACGUAGACACUGUGAACACACACUAUAAACACACACUGUGAACACACACACAAUGUAAACACACACAUGCACACACUGUAAACACACACACAUGCACUCUAAACACACAUAUGCACGUGCGCGCACACACACACACACACACUGUAAGCACACACACAUGCACUGUAAACACACAUAUAUACGUGCGCACACACACGCACAGACAGCUUCACUGCACUUUACCAAUGCUUGCAUUUCACUGGUACCUUCUCAUGGUGUCUGAGCUGCCUAACUGUGCCACAGACAUAGAGCACUGGCUAAUUCUGUUAGCCAGCCACUGGUUUUGCCUGGAACUCAGCUAAGGAUUUGGAAUGUGAAGCACAUUCUAAGAAAAAUGGAAUCUGUUCUAUAUUUCAACACUGUUUGAGAGGGUGGACAUUAGAGAGGAUAUUGUGGUUUUAAUGGAAAAUUAUUCUCAAGAUCUACCUGGUGCGUAUAAAUAUAAAUUUUCACGGUAUUGUCAUUAUUUUUAAGGAGACAGAACAGAACUGCCUUAUACACACACGGCCCUAGUUUUUAAACUCAAAGAGUAUAGACAAAAUCAUUUGUUGUGCAUGUUAAUUAUAUUUUUGAGGUAAACAUUUUUUGAUUUAAUAUUUGAACAGUGCAUGAUAAAAAAUAUUUGAUUUGAAGAUUAAUUCAGACCCAUAUAAUACAAACGGUCCCUCCCAUGUAUGACCCUGGGAGACAUAAACCAUAAAAGUGGGCUUUCUUCCUGUAUGUACUGGUACUUAAACGCCUUUUCCAUAAAAUUAUCCGGAAUGUUCGUGAAAAUAUAACGCCGAGAUACAUUCGGUUUAUGGUCCAGGUCUAUUUGAUAUUGUUCAAAUGUGAGUCCUUGGCAAAACUUUUUUUUUUUAACCUAUUUUAUGGGAUUCCUCUUGUUUCGUCUGACGAGAGCUCCCCAUGAGUCUUCACGGUGUUACUACAGGCCUGUCAGUUCAAAGGAAGGAAACAACGUUAUUUUAGAAAACGUAAAACGAUAAACAGUCAUGUUUCUAUCUUCAGUUGUGUUCUUCUACGAAUUAUGAAAAGUAAGUAUGUACAUAUGUGUAAAAUUAUUUCCAAGAUGUUAUUAUAUAUUAUUAACAGUAUAUUAUGUUUACACUUGUAAAUAAUGUUGUACUUUAAAAUGUAUAACAAA